AUGGUACGGUCGACCAACGCAAAAGUCAAGCCCGGUCAAUUAUGGGGGAAGAGUAAAGACGACCUGAAGAAACAACUCGACGAACUGAAGACCGAGCUGGGUCAACUGCGCGUACAGAAGAUUGCAGGUGGUGCUUCCUCCAAACUCACCAGAAUACACGACCUUCGCAAAUCCGUCGCUCGCGUCCUGACCGUCAUCAACGCCAACCAGCGACACCAAUUGCGACUCUUCUACCAAAAGAAGAAGUACCUCCCCCUCGACCUCCGACCAAAGCAGACCCGUGCCAUCCGUCGACGAUUGAGCAAGAAGGACGCCAGCAGAGUUACUGAGAAACAAAAGAAGAAGGAGACACAUUUCCCUAUGCGGAAAUAUGCCGUCAAGGCCGAGGCGUGA